AACAGUUUGAAAAGGAGACAAUGCAUUUUCUGGCAAUACGUGACUUGAAGACAUCAUUCUUGAAUUUUACUUUAUCAAAGAUUCUCGAGGGCAAGGAAAUUGAAAAUGCGCGAAAUAAAUCCGCAGGAAUUGUCUCGUUUUCAUGAAGUGCUAACCUCGUUAAUAGUCAGAUAUUAGUAAUGGCCGUCGAGUGAUACAAAAAGGGGAAAUUUGGUUAUUCUGUGGAUCACGAUUAAAUACGUCAAUAAUGUCGUUUAAAUUGACUGAUGAGAAAGGCGCUUCACAUAACAAGCUUAACAACAGACGAAGGGUCGAUGAUUUGCUUCUUGAGUCCAUUCCAGCUACGGAAUAUUUGGUGAAUCGUAGUGGGAAGUACUGCUGUAAAGUGUGUCCCCAUUGGCCUGUGUUUGAUACACUUGCUAUGUUGAAAAGCCACAGAGACAGUCGGAAACAUAAGCACAACAGUGAUGAAUGGAGCAAAGCCACCAUGAAAAAACAACUGGAACAAGUAGCUAAUCAAAUUCUUCCGUCAAAUACUGAAGAUGUUACAAAAUUGGCUGAAAGGGCACUAAGCAGCCAUUUGGCUUGCCAGUUUGACGAUAAUUUGGUGGAAAAAGCACAUAAAAAUAAAAGGAAAACCUUGUCAAGCUGUUCAUGUGAUGUAGAUGAUGCUACAGGUGCUUCAGGCAAGAGGCAAAGAAAAGCAGCUCCAUUCUUUCAACCUAAUUAUAGACAUAUUUGCAACUGUAAAAAUGAAAAGAAAGGAAAUAGCUUAAGAAAGGAUAUAAGUUCAAGCCAAUGCGGUGAAGAAAUUGAUGCAGAAAGAACUGAAGUAAAAAAAAACCAAAACAAUAAAAUAAAUACUAAUUAUCCUACUACAAGAGUAGAUUCCAAAAUGGAUCAUAUAGUUAAAACUACUGCAUCAUCGUCACAAACUAUUGGAGAACAAGAAAUGAAUCUGAUGAAAUAUUAUGCAAAAAUGAAACAGAAUGGAUGGAUACUGAGUAAUGGAGAAUGGACCAAAGAUGAGGAAUGUGAAUUUGAUUCAGAUGAUGAACCACCCAAAUUUGAGGAAGUUUCAAAAUGGAACAAAUAAUCCAUGUAAUGCAAAGGUCAGCUAUUUGGAAGUUUAUUUAUAUAACUAAAAAGAAAUGCAACUUUAUGUCCUCCAUGAAGAACCAAUGUGAAGAGAAUUGAAGAAAAAAUGAAGAGAAGUGGUCAUUGCUUAAGAUUUAUCCUGGGACCUGAGGUGAGUUGCACUCACAUUACCAGUGAUCCUUGAUUAAAAAGUGACCAUUUUUUUUACAUGCAACAUAUUUUAUCUUAACAUGUUCCAUUUUGUGUGUAAUGUGUAGAACUACAUGCCAAAAGCUGCAUUGUAGCAUAUUGUCAAUUUAUGCUGAUUUUAUGAUACUCAAGGUCAUGUCACACCUUCAAAUUAUUUCCAAUCUCCAAAAAAUAAGCUUCGAUUUGAUAUAUGGUGGUUUCACCCCCCCUCCCCCCGAAUGUAAUAAUCUACCAUUUUCAGCUACUCGGCUCAUGGCCUGACAUUCAUAAAGUUAUUCAUAAAGAUUGUGCAUACAGUCCUAGGAAUGUUAAACUACAAAUCCUAUCUGAAACCAUGGAAAACCCACUUGCUUUCAAAAUCAAAAUCCGCGAGGCCAUUGUUGAAGAAAGCUCUGAAGAAAAACUGCUAGGGGUGAAAAUAGAUAAAAAUCUUAAUUUCAAAAGUCACGUCUCAAAUUUAUGCAAAAGAGCCAGCCAAAAAAUGUAUGCUCUUGCUAGAGUAUCGCCAUUUAUGGGUUCUGAUAAACUGCGUCUCCUAAUGAACAGUUUCAUAAAAGCUCAGUUUAGCUACUGCCCCCUAAUUUGGAUGUUCCAUGACAGAUGUCUGAAUGCUAAAGUAAAUAAAAUCCACGAAAGAGCACUCAGAAUUGUUUAUAAAGACAGUCAUGCUGAUUACAAAGCAGUAUCAAUUCACCAACGCAAUCUACAGUACUUGAUGGUAGAAAUAUACAAAACCAAACAUAACCUGAACCCUAGUUUCAUGAGUGAGAUUUUUGAAACAAGAAAUGUACAUUAUGAUUUGCGAACUAAAAAUAAUCUUUGCAUUCCAAAUGCCAGGACAACUUUUUAUGGUAUAGAAUCUGUGAGAUAUUUAGGUCAAAAAUUGUAUCAUAUAUUUAUUUAAUCAGGCCUUGCUCUAAGUAAAAUGAAGGUGUUCCAUAAAAAGAGCCCCUUAGAAACUCUAGGCGCUCUAUUUCGCACCUCUAAGUGAAUGUCCUUGAGAGCAUCCUUCGAGAGCUUUAGGAGAUCGAGAGAUUCAAAUCGAAAGCUUCGGAAGAAUGUUGAAUUUAAAAUUCAACGGUGAUACCACAAAGCACCAUAAUAUGAAAUAACAAAUAUGCAACAAACACUAUGUUAAUAUAAAUAUAGAAAUAUAAUAAAACAAAAUCGCAAAAUUGUUCAGAUUUUUCUAGAUAUGUAAGUUGCCAUCAUUCGAUGAGCUUUUAACAGUGUCAGUAUCACUACUGUUAUGUUUAGCUUCACAUAUUGCUUCAUCAAAACGCAUGGCUUUAAAUCGAACAUUUAACUUUGUUUCCUUUUUUCAUGUUAUCCAUUCUAUAAGAAACGCUAGAACAUCUACUACUCGCAAAAGCAAAUGAAAAAUGAAAAGCAAUGCGAUAAUUUGGACGGAAACGUGAUCGCUGAUUUGCAGAGGCGAUUUUAAGUUAUUAAAAAAAAGAAAAUAAUAUAUACUUCAAUAGAAGAUUAACGCUUGCUCGAAAAUCAAAUAAAUCUGCCGGAGAAUAUGCUUGCUUGAUGGCCUGUAUCCUUGAUGGUUAUUAGAGGGUUUUCAGAUUAAAAAUGAUAUCGAAAACCCAACGUUGAAUUUGCUGAAUUUUUUCUCAAGGGGUAAUCUUACGCAAAUCAUAAUAUUGCGGUCUGUUGGGAAGAUUGUUUAUGCUUGAUCAAGUUGAUUUAAUAAAUUCCAAAAAUUUAUUUUGCUCCGCGUUAAUAUUGUUUUUACGUUUUGAGGGGCUCUAUAAAUCACUCUCCAAGGCUUUUUUUGGGUGCGCUCUAGGCGCGCGCGCUCGAUCGAGCGCCUUUCCGGGCAAGGCCUGAUUUAAUACUAAUUCUUUAUAGAUAAUUGGCCUUAAUAAGCCUCUUUAUAGCUAUCAGACGUUCAUUUAGUACGCCAACUUUAAACAAAUUAUUUAUUAUUAUUAUAUAUCAUCAUUAUAGACUAUGAUUAUAAUUACUGACGGGUGAUGUACUCUAUUUGAAUCAAGGAUUCUAUGCAUUUAAAUUUUGCACAAUAACAGCAAAACAAUAGUAGAAAAUAAUAAUCAUAGUCUAACACUUCUAGCAAUAUUGCCGAACGAAACCAAUAUAUGCAAAAUUCUGAAAUUGGGCCAAAAAAAAAUCAAGAAUUCAGCCUGCUAGUUCUGUUAUUGUAUGUGUCACCUUUUUAUUGGUCUAGGUUAGUAUCUUGGCUACAAUUUAGUAACCUGCAAACUUAUUCACACUAAGAUAUCAAAAAUAAACUUAAAAUGACACAGAUUCUUUAGUCUGUACCAAAAAUUUUAAUUCUAAAAACGUUGUUCAUUUAACAAUUAUGUAGCAAACAGAAAAACAUUUUUAAGCAUGCACCUUUCAGAGCAGGGGUUGACUGGCUCCAAAGGCCCGGGCCAAUUCUUCUAGAAAGGGCCCCAAAAAUCAAAAAUAAGUUUACGGGUAUUCCCAAAGUUGUUUGUUGCAUCACUUUUUUUUAUACUGGCGUAAACGUUAUUGGAAUAGUGCUAUUAAUUCUAAUUAGUAACCACCAGAGAUGUAGGCGUAGGUGUAAAAGAUUUACAAGGGAGAUCUACAAUCCUUAGUCCAGGUCAGCAUUAUUUUCACUGGAAAUUUAAUUCUGACGUAGGAUAAGAGAUGAAAGAAAAUCAUGCCAUUGCGGGGAAAAAAAUUAUUGUUUUCUAGCUGAAGGACUUUUAAAGGGGGACCUCAGUGAUAAAUAACGGCGAAUGGUAUUUAGAGGGCUCACCUUUUUUAUCACCGAGGCUCUGGUACCCAGGGUAGAACUUAAUGAACUAUCUAAGUUAUUCAAGAAAUAUCUAAGUUAUUCAAAAACAUCUUGAUAUGUAAUUUUCCAGUCAAAACAUAAUAGGGGUUGAUGUUUUUCCGAUCAUUGGUCGAGCAGUCAGGUUAAUUGAUUGUUUGCGCAGCAACCAAGAUGGUAACAUCAGUAACAUAGGCAGGGCUGACGAAACGUUAAUGAAAGUGGGGUAAGGGGCGAUAUGUUUAGAUUGUUCAGAGGUUAAAUAAAGGCCACCACCAUGGUCAGGGCAAAUCUCGCAUGGUUUUCGCCACGGCAGCAAAUUUUUGAAUUAAAAGCCAGCACAGUCAGACCACGCCAAUGGAAUUAUGCCAAAAUUUUGCCGAAGAAAUACGGCAACAUUUUGCGUAAGUAUGUUUUAUGUCCGAUGUUUUAUGCCUAAAAUCUUUGGUGAAUGAAAAUAUAUUCUCCAACUUUUGGCAAAAGGCCCCGUGAUUUUUUU